AUGCCGCCUAUGCGCCGACCGUUGACCCCUCCUUCCCGCGAUGCGCUCCUCGCACGUCGGCGAGCACACUCUGCUCCCAUCGCCCGAAGGCAGCUCGCGACUGCGCCCGCAAUGGACCUCCCCGCGAACGAGGUCCCACAGCCCCCUCCAGAGUUCCAGAUCUUCGACAUCUUCGAUGCGCCAAGCAGGCUAGGCGAGUCGAGCAAGCUGCUGCGAGCGUCCUCCUCCUCGCGCACGCUCCCCAGUCGCUCUUCACCCUCGUCAUCCCGCAAGGUCUCGCCGGUCCGGUCACUUCCAGACCCCGUCAUCUUCGACGGGCCGACUCGACCGCGCAUCCUCCAAAAACAGUACGAGGCGCGCAGAUCGCACAGUACGGCUCUGGGGCCGCGAGGGUCCCUGCGAUCACUUCCCUUGCCGGAGAUCUUUGACGGGCCGUCGCGGCUGCGGCCAUACGCUCGCUCUGAGCCAUUUCACUGGCUCGCUACUUCAUCGUUGCUGUUGCUCGGCCUCACCGGUGUUGUCGGUAUUUGUGGCUGGCAAGAAGCGAAGCUUUGA